CACAAAAAAGAAAGGCUGAGCAAGAUAAUAGGCACAAAAACAUCACCUCACGCCAGCGGUUAGAAAACUACAGUCAACCUUUGCAUAAUUCCUUUGCAUAAAUCAUCUGCCAGUGUGAAUAAGUAUUCGACAUCCUGCCGAGAUUCCAGCGAUCGCGGACCAGCUGUCAACAGUCACACAAACGAGCCAAUAUUCGCGGAUUAUUGUCUAUGGUUUUUUACUCUUCUUAUUCUAUAGCGGAAAUGGGUUUAGAUGGCUUGCACACAUUGGUGUCAAACAAAACCAAAUGCCGUUGUUAUAUGAUAGCAGCCAUAUCAACCUACUUGGAAGGAGCACGGAGAAAAAUCUUUGGCGAACCACAGGUGUCAAACACUCGCUGUUGUUAACACCUUAAUGUUUUCUUUUUUCGUAUACUAGAAUCCUUUGUCUGUUAGCUUAUUAGCGUUGUCUUUUGGAAAACUCAAAAAUAUGUUUUUACGAGCCGGAGUUCAACUAUACCGGUGCUUUCUCAUCAAGUACGGCACGGGGUGCAAAUUGGAUCAAAUACAAGUCAUAAGGAGGGAUUGAAGAUCACAAUUCCGCCUUUGUCUUGAACUGAGAAAAUCGCAAUCUCCCGGCUGAGGAGGAAAAAACAUUAGCUCAAACUUUUAGCCUUAAGCGUCGAAAUCACGGAUUUGGGUUUGUCGAAGAAUGCUUCUGGAAAACGCUUCUUACCAUGAUACGCGAAAUGCUACCGACUUUUCAUCGCUGGAUUCUUUGAGCCUCUUCGAGGCAGCCAGUGCAAUAAUCGUCAUAACAUUCUCAGUAACACUGAACAUAACUGUUAGUGCUGUCAUUAUGCGGAACAAACAUUUGCGAAAACGAACGACAAACAUAUUUAUCGUGAAUUUGUCGGUGUCGAACAGCUUCAUCGCUUUAUUCAUCAUCCCACUUAGCUACCGUGGAGUGGUCCAUAGGAACUGCACUUACGGGAAUGUCUUUUGCACGGUAAAUGGCAUGCUUUGCAUAACUCUCCUCGUGGCAUCAGUCGCGACUUUGUGCUGCAUAAGCGUCGAUCGCUACUUCGCUGUCGUCCGUCCGAUGAAAUACAAGAACAACUUUACGGUCAAGCGGGCCCUGCUAAUGCUUCUAGUCACGUGGCUACUGGCGAUGUUCUGUGGCUCCCUACCCCUGACGGGCUGGACCGAGUACUCCUAUCACCCGAUAACUAUGAGCUGCUCACCGAAUUGGCAAACGCAAUGCGGCUAUUACGUCUUUAUGCUUGUUGUGGGGUUUGGAAUUCCCAUGGCGGUGCUUGUGUUGACUUAUGGCUUGAUUUUCAGCGCUAUACGAAAACACGAUCGCAGGGUCUCCACAUGGAGUGCGACUUUGCCGAAAGCGACCUUGGGUAUACCCCUUUCUACUGGAUCCAGAAAGCGCAAGAUUUCUGUAGCAAAUAGCAUGUUCGAGAGUAGCACUUGCACGGUAGCUGAGAUUAAUUUUCCCGCCCUUCGCGAUCGCACCGCCAGUCUCUUCCCCGAGCCGAGUCCAUGCGCAUCUCGCCGAAACACAGGCCAUUUCCUAGAAAUUCCAAAAGUGAAAAAGCAAAGCGCAACACUUCAGCUCCGAGCCUUGACCCAAAUAUCUGCAAAGCUGCGCUCACGUGCGGUGAUCCCACGAGAGUACAAGAUCGCCAAAACUGGACUUAUGCUGUUUUUGGUGUUCUUUUUAUCGUGGGGCCCGUAUUUUAUGGUGAAUAACUGCGGCAGUGGUGGGUAUGUUACUCCGCGGUGGUUAUAUCGACUCGCUAUGUGGAUGGUGUUUUUAUCUUGCCCUGUAAACCCCUUGGUUUACGCAUACUCCAGUAAGCAUAUUAGAGACGCAUUUAAGCGUGGUCUCAAGUGCAAAAAGAACACAGCGACUAUUGGGGUCGUAACCAGACGAAUGAGCAAUGAUGCAAGUUCAAUCGUGUGUGCUUAAUCUAGUCAGGGGUUAUUAUCUGUGAUUUGAUUUGAGUAUCAGAAAUGAGGGUUUAAAAAGUAUGUUGGUGCUUUACUAACCUGAUAAGUGGGAAUAAAGUGAGGAAAUGAAAAUGGUAUUUUGUCGAAUCGGAUAAUGACUGCUGGUAGUUGCAAAUUAUAUAACAAAACACGGGAAGCCCGACAACUAUAUACAAGAUUGGCACCUCCAAUAUCUACAUUUCGUAUGACGUUGUGUUGAUAACAAUAAAAACAUCGUAAACACCA